AUGAUACUGUACCGUACAGUACCUUGCUGCUCGGCAACCCCGUCAACGUAUCAUCCUACGAGUAGUCACCCGCAUCGCGACUCUUGGCGGCAUAACCACCUUUCUCCAACACCCCACCGAACACCACAAACCAAACCAAACCAACCAAUUUCUCCAUCACCUCAUCUAUCAUACCCACCCACCACCACCAAAAUAACAAUGGGCGGCGGCGGCAAAAUCCCGUACUCCCCCCCCCCCGAACCUCCACUCCUCACUAACUUCCAUCGCAAGCUACCCAAAACACGUCUGGUCUCCCAGCGGCGGCUGGUAUUCUCAACCCAAGAAUUGGAAAACCAAUACCGCGAUCAUGGCCACGGUGAUCGCGGGCAUCGUGGCGAUUGCUUGGAAGACGAGCGCGGAGCGGGAGCACAGGUACCGCAUGCCAGAUCCUGGACGGUUUUUUCCAAGCCGGAGUAUGUUCUCUCUCGGUCCGUUUUGGUUGGAUGGGGGCUAAUGGGAUUGAUUGGUGGUGGCGGGGGGGUCAGGUGGGAAUAG